CCUGAUAGGGUUACCUUAUCGAAUAUUAGACUGGUGUAGUAAAUUACCAUUACCUAAAAACAUUUAAACAUCAUGCAUAAAUGACCUACAACCUGUGAGUCAGUGGCAGCCAGCUGUUCUGCCAUGAGAGCAGGAGUUCCUCGAAACCUCUGAGAGGGGAGUGUCUGGUGAUCCCUCCCUCUCUCUCUCUCUUUACAUCCCUCUCUCUCUCGCUCUGUGUGCCUGGAGGAGACGCAUGCGGCUGGAGCAGCAGAGUCUCCUGGAGCUGAACCAACCAUCCCAACGCAGCCGGUCGGAGAGACGCAGACGGCAGAAAGAAAAGCAGCGUGCCAGAUGGAUCCUUGCUCUGCCUCUUCUGCUGCUUCGCAUCUCUCAAAGUGACAAGACUCGCUCUGUAAACGCGCGUCUCCUGCUUCACUAACUUGGACCGAGUAAAAACCAGGCUCCUCUCCAGCUGCGCAAAAACCUUCUGACACUGUGGGUGUCCUCUGAUUUAAUCUCCGUUAUUAGCUUCAACCAACACCGAUGUGUUGUUGACCAGAUGAAACAUUGCAUUGUGCUGCUUAAAGGUCAUGAAACAUGGGGAAGAUUUUUUUUGGCUGAACUGAGAUGCAGUUUUGCACCAUAAGCAUCCGUUGGAACAGGAAACACAGUUUUAAUGAGAAGGUCUAAAUUUAGUGCUUUUUUUUUUUUUUUACAAAUUUUGUCCAUGCAUCAUGGCCUUGACAUUGUGAUUAUGCUGUAACACUGGCUUUAUCACUAAUGGAAGUGACUUAAACCUGCACUGGGAAAUUUUGAGAUUGUGGCGAGUAAAAAGCAACCAGGCUCCUCUCCAGCUGCGCCAAAACCUCUGACACUGCGAAGGGACUUCACAGACCAUAACUAUUAACUAAACUAUCACCAAAUCAACUUUUUUCCUCUGCUGAUGAAGAUUUGUUUGCACCGGUCUAUGUGGAAGUGCGCUUGGAAUAACUGGAUUUACGCACACCUUUAAUUUAUUAUCUGACUGUCCAGAAAAAACCAAGACAGGGAUGCGCAAGCGAGCAUACAUGCUCUGCUUUCUUGCCUUCUUCUUUCGCACAUAGGAGGAACGAAAUGGGAUUGUAAAAACUAUGUGGAGCCAUUCCUGAGGAUUGGGGGUGUAUGGAGGAGAAGAGCAGCCCGAGGAUGACGGGCGGAACCCGGGAGGCGACUGUCAACUCCUCUCCGGCGGUGGCGUCCAACGCGGAGGGAGACGAGAUCGAGGUUUUGGAAAGCACCGAAGUCCUCCCAGUGGCUCCAGAGGACCAAUGGAAGUCUCUGUUUGACAAGUAUGACCCAGAGAAUUCGGGCUUCAUCAGUACGGAGCGGUUCAGGGACCUGCUGGCGACCCACGGCUCCGAGCUUGACCCCCACAAACUGGAAGUCCUGUUGGCCCUCGCCGACGGCAACGCCGAUGGAAAGAUCUGCUACCAAGACUUUGUCAACCUGAUGAGUAACAAGCGCUCCAACAGUUUCCGGAGGGCCAUCCUGCAGGGGAGCAGGCAGCUAAAAGGCUGCAAUCUCAGAGAUGAGGCAGGCUUGGGGCUGUCUCAACGGCUGGUCCGGCACGUCGCCUACGAGACGCUGCCCCGAGAGGUCGACCGCAAGUGGUACUUUGACAGCUACACCUACUGUCCCCCACCCUGGCUCAUCCUGGCUAUCACCAUUGCUGAGGUGGCCGUGUUCAUGUACUAUGGGUUCCAGCUGGAGCGCUUGGUCCUGCAGGUCUCCAGCCCGUCCUUCCUAAAGAGCCCUUUACCUUACCACCCCCAGCUACGAGCCCAGGCCUGGAGGUACCUCAGCUACAUCUUCAUGCACACCGGGAUUGAACACCUGAGCCUGAACAUGGCCAUGCAGCUGCUGGUGGGAGUCCCUCUAGAAAUGGUCCACGGAGCCCUGCGCAUUGGACUGGUCUACGUGUGUGGUGUGCUGGCAGGGUCUCUGGCGGUGUCUGUCACCGAUAUGACGGCUCCAGUGGUCGGCUCAUCUGGUGGAGUGUACGCUCUGGUCUCCGCACAUUUGGCCAAUGUAGUAAUGAAUUGGUCGGGAAUGAAGUGUCAGUUUAAGUUAUUCCGGAUGGCCAUGGCUCUGGUUUGCAUGAGUGUGGAGUUUGGUCGAGCGGUGUGGCUGCGGUUCUAUCCCCCGGCCUUUCCUCCGUGCCCCAACCCCAGCUUCGUAGCUCACCUGGGAGGGGUGGUGGUUGGUCUGACGCUGGGCGUGGUGGUCCUGCAGAACUACGAGCAGCGACUCCAGGAGCAGUCCCUGUUCUGGAUCUUCUUCUGCGUCUACACCUUGUUUGUGCUCUGCGCCGUCUUCUGGAACAUCUUCGCCUACAGCUUGCUUGACGUGCGACUGCCCCCGCCACCUUGACUCGCUUAUCAGAGGCAGAGUAGAAACUGGUAGAUCCCUGCUGACCGCCUGGCUGGAUAAGUCCCCUCAGCCUUCAUGUUCUGAGCCUCAUCGUGGGGCGAUCAGAGUCGUCUGACAGCCACCCUCAUCCUACAUCCAGCGCUCUGAUGCAGGGGUGCACCUGACACGCAGCAGCCCUCGCUGUCUGUCUUGUCACAUGUUUUUCAGCCCACCUGCUCCCUCUUCGGGUUAAGCCUUACCAUUGUUUCCGCAUACCAUGCAAGCUAACCUCCACCUGCUCUGUGUCUACAUCUCUGUUGGACGUUUGUCUCAAGAGUAUCAGUCAGUUGGACUUUAUUUGACAGCACAACGACAAACGAGAAGCCUCGGAUCUAACGCAACAAGCACCUGUCCACAUGGCUUAACCUUCUCUGCCUCUUCCUCCUCAAUCCAACGGUGCCUUCUCAUGGAGAUGUCAGCCUGAUGAAAGUAUUUCUGCACAGUUGCCUCUCGUGUGGGGUGACAGCAGCAAAACCCUGCAGUAUAAACCAUUUUCAGACAAAGGAGUUCCUGAAAAUCCUGUAAUCUCCCUGCGCCCCUCAUCAUCAGUAAAUUAAGAAUAAGGUCAUAUGAGAAUUUAGGCUUAGUUGGUGUUUUGUCAUCAUUACAAGCGGCUCACAAGCAUGAGAGGUUUAGAUUAAGCAGACAGCAGGAUAGCUAAACCUCUCCAGGUUUGUAAGGAGAGCGUGAAGUAUAAAGGCUACAGCAACCUUCAAACGUUAUGAUGAAUUUGCUUUUUGAAGGAAAGUGUGGGUUACUAUUCAGUGUUGCCUUCAGCAUUCGGUACUUCCCCAGAGAGAAGGAUUAAUUUGAACCUCAAACUUGUGUCUUUUGACUUUUUCUUUGUGUGCAAGUAGUGUGACAAUUGUACCAUUGUGCGUACAGAUAAAAAAAAAAAAGAAGUAGAAGUGCCAUUCAGAUUUUUAAGCUUUCAAAAAUGAUGCCAAAACAUUGCUACAAGCAAGAGCACAUCCCCUGACAAGAAUUGCCUUUGUGCAUGCAAAAUUAAUCUAAUUUAGUCUGUAAGGAGUCGGUCAUAUGUAACAGAAAAUGUUCAUGAUCUCUAAAGACUGACACCCUUGGGACAACCCAGAGAUGCAGUUUGUCAUUUUGUUGUCCCCUGUGAGCAUUUGCAGUAUUUUUUUUGCGAUUUGUUAAAAAAAUAGCAAAGAAGUGGUUUAAGUUUAUUUAAUGGUGAGGUGGUAAAUUGUGGCAAUGUGGGAUUUUUUUUAUAAAAACAUUCACCAGUGGGUACAUUCUGAAUAAAUCUUUUUCUCAUUACCAAACGUAGAAGAGCAAACAUGCCUGACCUCGACUACAUCCGGGCUGGGGUCGUUUCACUCUCAUAUCAGGAGGCGAUGGGGUAAAGAAGUAAAUCAAUGCUCUCUCAUUAGUUCCUGUCACAAUUGUUAAUUGAUGGAACCGGAAUAGAAAACGACCCCAGCCCAUAAGCUGCAAGUCUCAAACUGUACUGUACUUUAACCUCAUGUUACGCUAGUAACUGCUUCGCACAAACAUUAUUAUAAUGUAAUUAUAUACAGAUUAAUAUUUUAACAUGCAUUUGAUGUUGAUUUUCUUUUUUACUUGGUGAUAUUGGUAUGUUGCGUGAAUUGUUUGGUCAUUGUGAUAUGUUAGCUAUAUCCUGUAUGUAUCCUAUUUAAAAAUUGGUUCAAGGUGGUCUGGGGUUGUAUAUAAUAAGGGCUAUGACACAAGUGAGUGAGGGGUAAAUCGCUGAUAAUAUUUUAACAUUGUGCAUAUUUUGUAGAUUUGAUAUGUACAUACUGGAGUACAUUAAACCGUUUUAUACAGAAACAAA